AAGUUUCACAGGAGUGGCGCCGAGUGAGUCAUCACUCUCGUCGGAGAAAAAAAAACAUUAGCAAAAGCCUCAACGAUGAUAGACAUGGAGAUUAGAGACGACUACAAGUUCCUGAGAGUCGACGACGCUUUCAAGGCGUUGCAUCUCAACAUCAGCCUCAUCGGAGUAAUCGUCGAGUUAGACUUCCCCACCGCCUCUGAUUGUUCAUGUACGUUGAGAAUCAUCGAUCCAUGGCACUCUGGAUCUGGCCUUCCUGUGAAGUUCAUCGCUCGCACCAAUCGAGCGCUUCCUCGAGUCGAAUCGAUUGGGGAUAUAAUCUUCCUCUCGAAUGUGAAGAUUGUGCUUGUUAAUCGGAAGAUCACAGCUCUCUGCAACGAAACGUCGUCGUCGUUUGCGUUAUUCAACGGGGAGCAUGGCGAGGGUUUUGUACCGUACCAGUCGUCACCUAAGUUUCGGAUUAGAGAGCAGGAUAAGAGCUUUUUAUCAAAUCUCAGAGAAUGGAUGAUAACUUAUAAGUUUGAGGAUGGGUCAUGUUGUUUCACAUCCCUGAAAGAUAUUAAAGAAGGGGAGUAUUUAAACCUUAAUUGCCAGGUUGAUUUAUUUGGUUUUUUUCUUUCUUUUUAUUUAAGGAACUGGACUUGUUCUGGUUGGAGAUUAUGGUCUUUUGACAUUGUUUCUCAUUAUUUAUUGCCCUUCAAGAUUGUUCACGUUUCCAAGGACGAUAAAGAUAGGUGUUACAUCUUUGUUUGGGAUGGAACUGAGAUGCCACCGUGCAGUUUCGUGGUAAAGUCAGAAAGGCUUCCUUUAUGUGUUGAACCAGAGAUGCUGCCUACUCAUGUGCUACGCAAGUUUCCUACUUUUGGUUCAGUCUUGAGGAUCAUAGUAGAGAAUGUUGCUGAGAAGCAGGCCAUUCAGUGUCUUCAACCUGGUCAGCACGUGAAGCUUCUGAACCUUUUCUUCCAAGUAAAUAUGGGAUUAUGGAGCGCCACUUUUAGUCCCUCUACAAAGAUGCAGUACACAAUGAGCAGAGAAACGCAAUCCUUUUCACCUCAAAGAUUGAAAAUGUGCAGAGAAAAGUUCUCAUCGAGAUGGAACCCCAUCACGCGUUGUAUUAGUAGUCCUUCUCACUCAGGAAUCACAGGGGUUGCCCAUGAGGACGCUCCGUUUGUUACUCUGAUGGACAUGCUGACCUAUAGCAAUGUGACUGCUAAAUUCAGGUGUGUUGUUCGGUUCAUACAAGUGUUUCCCAGAGAUGUCAGAAACUUCCACGAUUUGAACGGCAAAUUCAAACUGCUAGCAAUACUAGAAGAUGCAACCGCCAGAAUCCACGCUUCUCUGUAUGCUGAUGAAGGGGAUAAGUUUUUCGGGUGUGACCCAUCUGAUGAAGAAGCUCUGAUCAAGAAGCUGAAUAAAUUGCUGGGAGGUGAUAGGAUUAACGAAGCUCCAAGAAAUCCUCCGUGGGUGCAAUGUUGCUUGUUCUCUUACUACAGAGUCAAAAAUGAUCAAUGGGGAAGCAGAAGAUUCCGGAUUUUUGAUACAUGGAUCAACGCUAAAUGAGACGCAUUAAAUCAAUGACUAUCAAACAGUUAAUUAUUGUUACCACAGUUAUUAACAUUGACAAAUGACAAGAAGUUCAUAUUGUUAA